AUGCCUGUUCGGCGCGGACACGUGGCUCCUCAGAACACUUUUCUGGAUACAAUCAUCCGAAAAUUCGAAGGACAGAAUCGCAAGUUCAUCAUCGCCAAUGCUCGCGUGGAGAACUGCGCCAUCAUCUUCUGUAACGACGCCUUCUGUGGCAUGUGCGGCUACACGCGCGCUGAGGUCAUGCAGAAGCCGUGCACCUGCAGCUUUCUGUAUGGGCCGCACACUAAGAGGCCUGCCGUGGCCCAAAUGGCCAAGGCUCUGCUGGGCUCCGAGGAGAGGAAGGUGGAGAUCUCCCUCUACGCCAAAGAUGGUAUGUGUUUCUCCUGUAAAAUUGAUGUGGUGCCAGUGAAGAAUGAGGAUGGCUUGGUGAUCAUGUUCAUCCUCAACUUUGAGCUGCCCACUGAUCCGCCUAUUCCCAGCUCCCCGACCAGAGAGCUCAACAAGCUGCCCAUCCCCUGGCUUCCCCUAGCACGUCGGCAUAGGUUCCGUCUGCCCUCCGCCCUGCUCCGCUCCCUCAGCAGCAGUAAACAUUCCCUGGAGGAUGACACCGAGCUGGGCCACCAGCGGGACUUCUCUGCCCUGGGGCAUGAGUCUGUAGCCCUGGACAAGCUGCUGUCCCUGCCAGAGCGCCGGCGGCUGGGGGGCACCGGGGUACUACUCUGGGACGAAGACCAGAGGGCCUUGCUGGGAGGUGACCCUGUCUCUCCCACCGGGGACCCCUCCGAUGCCCCACAAGCCCUGUCCCUGGCCAUGGGCUUCUCCCAGUCCUCCCCCAGGCUGCACUGCCUCUGGGUGGACGAGGAGUGUGGCUCCAACUGCAGCGUAAUGCCCAGCCGCUCCUAUGAGAGCCUCUGCAGCCCGCUGCACGCCUCAUCUGUGGACGGCAUCAAGACUCGCAGGGGACGGUCCAGCUGGCAUGGGAAGCUCCAGACGCGGCCCAGCAGCACAGGCGGAAUGAAGUCCAGUCUGCAUAAUGUUACAUCUGACUCCACGUCUGACCCCAACCUCAUCCGCUUCCGGACCUUAAGUCACGUGACCCAGCUCAACCCACUGGACAACAGGCCAGACCCCCUGGUGGCCCUCCCAUCUGCGGAGAUUGACAUCAUCGCCCCCUGUAAACUAAUGGACCGCACACACGGGGUCACUGAGAAAGUCACUCAGGUCCUCUCACUAGGCCCAGAUGUCCUACCAGAGUACAAGCUCCAGACCCCCCGUAUCCAUAAAUGGACCAUCCUGCACUACAGCCCCUUCAAAGCAGUGUGGGACUGGGUCAUCCUGCUCCUGGUCAUCUACACAGCCAUCUUCACACCCUACUCCGCGGCCUUUCUUCUCAGUGACCAGGAGGAGGCAGCCAUGCAGACCUGUGGUUACUGCUCUCCACUGAACGUGGUGGACCUCAUCGUGGACAUCAUGUUCAUCGUUGACAUCGUCAUCAACUUCAGGACGACAUACGUAAACACCAACGACGAGGUGGUCAGCCAGUCGCAGCGGAUUGCCGUGCACUACUUCAAAGGCUGGUUCCUCAUAGACAUGGUGGCGGCUAUCCCCUUUGACCUGCUCAUAUACCGCUCUGGAGAAGAGACAACAACCCUGAUUGGCCUGUUAAAGACUGCUCGGCUACUGCGAUUGGUGCGUGUAGCUCGGAAACUGGACAGAUACUCUGAGUACGGCGCGGCCGUCCUCUUCCUCCUCAUGUGCACCUUUGCCCUUAUCGCUCAUUGGCUGGCCUGCAUCUGGUACGCAAUUGGUAACGUGGAUCGUGCAGGAGCGGCCCGGAUUGGCUGGUUGGACUCUUUGGGGGACCAGCUGGGAAAGCCCUACAAUCAGACUGUACCAGGGUCAGGUCCCUCCAUCAGGGACAAAUAUGUCACAGCACUCUACUUUACCUUCAGUAGUCUGACCAGCGUGGGCUUCGGGAACAUCUCCCCUAAUACCAACUCUGAGAAGAUCUUCUCUAUCUGUGUAAUGCUCAUCGGCUCUCUCAUGUAUGCCAGCAUUUUUGGUAAUGUGUCAGCCAUCAUCCAGCGGCUGUACUCCGGCACGGCUCGCUACCACACCCAGAUGCUGCGGGUUCGAGAGUUCAUCCGCUUCCACCAGAUCCCCAACCCACUGAGGCAGCGGCUGGAGGAGUACUUCCAACAUGCCUGGUCCUACACUAACGGCAUUGAUAUGAAUGCUGUGCUGAAGGGUUUCCCAGAGUGCUUACAGGCUGAUAUCUGCCUGCACCUCAACCGCACCCUGCUGCAGAACUGUAAGGCCUUCAAAGGCUCCACUAAGGGCUGCCUGCGGGCCCUGGCCAUGAGGUUUAAGACCACCCAUGCCCCGCCAGGCGACACCCUGGUCCAUGCCGGUGACGUCAUCUCAGCCCUCUACUUCAUUUCCCGUGGCUCCAUAGAGAUUCUGAGAGGGGAUGUGGUGGUGGCCAUCCUGGGUAAGAAUGACAUCUUUGGAGAGCCCAUUAACCUGUAUGCCUGUCCAGGGAAGUGCAAUGCAGACGUGAGGGCUCUGACCUACUGUGACCUCCAUAAGAUCCACAGGGAGGACAUGCUGGAGGUGCUAGAUAUGUAUCCCGAGUUCUCUGACUACUUCUGGGGGAACCUGGAGAUCACGUUCAACCUCCGGGAUGUUGCCACGGUAGCUGGUUCAAUGAGCAGUGAGGACUCUGAUCAUUGUGGAGUCAGCUGUCGUAUUCACAGACAAAAACUGUCCCUCAGUUGCAGCUCGGACAGAGGUGUGGCAGAGGAAACCAAUCCAUCCCAGAGACAUGUCCGCAGGGCCAGAGGCCAGAGCUCCAGAGCACAGGGAGAUGGGCAGAACACAGAGUCUCAGGGCCUGAUGAGCUCAGCCUAUUCUCCUUUCUACUCCAGUGAAGAUGAGGAGUCAGUGUUAACCAGCCCUGUACAACCAACUUCACUAGUAGGGAUCCCCCAUAGCCAGACCACCAACCUCAGCAGUGCGGUGGAGGAUGAGAUGAACCAGAAGACUGGCAAUACCUGCAAUCCUCUCUCAGGGGCUUUCUCAGGCGUCUCCAACAUCUUCAGUUUCUGGGAGGAGAGCCGAGAACAGCAGCAGUAUCAAGAGGUGACCUGCCACUGCCUGCCCUCCACUCCCCCUCCUCCCCCUCUCCACACUGUCCUGUGCAACAUCAGCCGACGGCAGCGCAGCGAGCUGGAGAACAGGCUGGAACUGCUGCAGAGACAGCUCAACAGGAUGGAGUCACGGAUGUCCACAGACAUCGGGGCCAUAAUGCAGCUGCUCCAGAGACAGAUGGUGCUGGUGCCCCCGGCCUACAGCACAGUGUCUUCUCCCCCUGAACCGUCCCCCUCCUUCACCUUGAGGCCUGCAGAGCGGAUGGUGAAGCCCGUCUCACCGCUGGACUCAGAGACCCUGGCCUCCCUCUCACAGUUCUUGAUCCAAACAGAUUUUGACUACAGCCUUUCCAAGUCCUGUGAGUCUCUCCACAGUGCAGUGGAGCUGUGUCUUCUGGAGCCAACCCGUGUCCUGGAUCCAACCCCAGUCUUAGACCCUCUCCCCAAGAGUCCGCCUCUUGGCAACAGCAUCCACCCAGAGCAUCGAGCCCUGGGCUUGUCCAUCCAUACAGAUACUGAGCCCUUAAGCCUGGUCAACCAUGGGAACUUCUCAGCGCCAGGGACAGGAUUGGCCCAGUCAGACCCCUCAGAGGGCCAACGGAGGCUCUCGCUGCCAGGGAAACGCACAGCUCUGGACCUGGAGAGCCCCUGGACUACUGCACACAGAUACAGUUCUGACCCUGGGAGUUAG